GCUUUUUUUUGCAGGCGAUUAAUAUAGCAUCGCGAUAUUGAUAACAAAAGUCAAAUAGAAAAAGUUGGAUAAAAAGAACUACGUUUUCGAAUUUUAUUGAAAUUUAGGUAGAAAAUCCCUAAAUAAGUAUUUAUGAUGUGGUUUACUACAUUAAGGCAAUUUGUAAGGCAAAAGUUUGGUUGGUUAGAUACUGUUGCUGAUAUUGCAAUUAUGGGUUGUUUUGUUUAUGUAGCAGUAAUUGUAGUUCCUGAUAUAUUUAAAAUUGAUAUAAAUAACACUAAAUUGAAAGAUAUUGUGGAAAAUAUGCUAACAGCUGCGCUAUCACUAUCAUUCUGGAAGGAAAAAAUAAUAAUUAUAGCAAUGUUAUUAUCUGCUACUAUUUGUGUUUGGCUGAUAUUUUUUUGCCUGAUAACUGCUUACAUUUCGUUGUGCACUAGAAAUGGCCGUCACGUAGCAAGACGGAAUUUUCAGAGAUUUUUUAGACAGCAAGACCAUAAUAAUAAUCAAUGGGAUAAUCCUGGCCUUAUGAAUGGCCAUGCAUUCCAAUUCCAAUAAGUAAAAUGUAGACAAUAAAUAAUACACACAGUUUACCUCAAAUCGGUACAUUUUUUGAGACACAUUAGAAAUUAGUAUAAUAUAAGCAUACAGAUGAGUAUCGAUAUAAAUAUAAGAUGUUCGAGAAAUAAAUGGCCAAACUUUAAAAAUAUAUUCUAUUCAUUAUACGGAUGAGAAAAAUUUAUAUGAACAUGAUUUCAGAAAUGCUUUCGUUUUGAAUUAUAAACACGAUUUUGUUUACGAUAUAUGUAAUUUAAUAUUUUGUUGAAAAAGAAAUGCUAAAAAUAAUUGUUUUUUCUUAGCAAACGGUCAUCUGUUAUCAACGUCUCAUUGACUAUCGAAGAUGUUUAAAAAUUCUUAGAGUAUUUCAUACUUUAUGACGCGAAGCGAUAAUAUAAUUUCAAAAUUCUUGUCUAAUAGUAAUAAAAUAGCAAAACGAGCAUUAGCAAUAGCCUUAAGAAAUCUUUAAAUAAAAAGUUUAAAUAAAAAAACUAAAAGUUUUAAAUAGUUUGAUUUAAAUGGAUAAAUAAAAGAAAUUCAUUUUCAGCAAUUUUUUCAUUACCCAUUGUUCUUGUCAAAUAUUGUCGUUAAAGCUAUUAUAAUUUGGAAAGGAAGCUGCUUUAGAUUUAUAUUUAUAUUAUUUUUUCAACUUUAUAAUAGUGAAUAGUAUGUGCUUUUAAACUUGUUUUAUUUAUAUCAUUAUUAAUUGUUUAAGUGUAGUUAUUAUUAUAUUA